CGCUGCUGGCGUCAGCGCUGUUCCUCCUGACGGAAAUAGGUUUUGGGGAGAAGAUGGCUUAUUGCUAAACUUUAGCUUUUUUUUCUUUAAUGGAAGCUCUUAGGGCUGUGCUUUAAAAAGGAGCCUGUAAAGGAAGAAAACAGUGUAAGCGCGUGCAAAGAUAAAAGCCUUUGCUCCAGCGCCGAGGUUGUCCCCGUCCAAGCGGGAGCUGCUGGAGGGAGAAGCCUCCGGCGUCGUCGCUGCGGAGGCUGGAGAGGUGGUGCUUGUCCUCUCCGCGGGCCGAGCUGGCAGGAGCCAGUGUGACCAACCUAAACCAGUUACCAGGCCACUGGAAGAGUUCCACCAUGGGGAACUCUGACACGGACCGGAAGGCAUCCUACGAAGAUGCCUCUGGGGAGCACGGGGAGGUCGUCAGCACCAUCUCCAGCAGCAUGAACCCGCUGCAGCCGCCGGACGGCUCCUCGGAGGAACCUUUUACCACCUACUUCGACAACAAGAUCCCGAUUCCCGACGAUGAAACACACUCGUGCUUUAGUUUCCGCAAGCUCUGGGCUUUCACCGGGCCGGGCUUUCUGAUGAGCAUCGCCUACCUGGACCCGGGCAACAUCGAGUCGGAUUUGCAGUCCGGGGCUGUCGCAGGAUUUAAGCUGCUCUGGGUCCUGAUGCUGGCGACGAUCAUCGGGCUGCUCCUGCAGCGCCUGGCCGCGAGGCUGGGGGUGGUGACGGGGCUGCACCUCGCCGAAGUGUGCAACCGGCAGUACCAGAAGGUUCCUCGGAUUAUCCUGUGGCUGAUGGUGGAACUCGCUAUCAUCGGAUCUGAUAUGCAAGAAGUCAUUGGCUCGGCGAUCGCUAUUAACCUCCUGUCUGUGGGGAAGGUCCCGCUGUGGGGCGGGGUGCUCAUCACCAUCGCCGACACGUUCGUGUUUCUCUUCCUGGACAAAUACGGCUUGCGAAAACUGGAAGCGUUCUUUGGUUUUCUGAUCACCAUCAUGGCUCUGACGUUUGGAUACGAGUAUAUCACAGUAAAACCCAACCAGGAGAAGCUGCUGACGGGGCUCUUCGUCCCGUACUGCCAGAACUGCGGCACAACGCAGCUGGAGCAAGCCGUGGGGAUCGUGGGCGCCGUUAUCAUGCCGCACAACAUGUACCUGCACUCUGCCUUGGUCAAGUCCCGGCAAGUGAACCGUGCGAACAAGAAGGAAAUCCGAGAAGCUAAUAAGUAUUUCUUCAUCGAGUCCUGCAUCGCCCUCUUUGUCUCCUUCAUCAUUAACAUCUUCGUUGUGACCGUCUUCGCGGAGGCUUUCUUUGAAAAGACGAACGCGGAUGUGAGCAAUGUCUGUAUGAACGCCAGCAGCCCGCACUCCACGCUCUUCCCAAACAACAACAACACGCUGGAAGUGGAUAUCUACAAAGGGGGCGUCGUUCUGGGGUGUUACUUCGGCCCCGCUGCUCUCUAUAUCUGGGCGAUCGGGAUCCUCGCUGCCGGCCAGAGCUCAACCAUGACGGGGACGUACUCGGGGCAGUUCGUCAUGGAGGGCUUCCUGAACCUGCGCUGGUCCCGUUUCGCCCGGGUGCUGCUGACCCGCUCCAUCGCCAUCACCCCCACCCUCUUCGUCUCCAUCUUUCAGGACGUCGAACACCUCACUGGCAUGAACGACUUCUUAAAUGUUCUUAUGAGCCUGCAGCUUCCGUUCGCUCUGAUCCCUGUCCUGACGUUCACCAGCCUGCCCAGCGUCAUGAACGAUUUUGCCAACGGACUGUUCUGGAAGAUCGGUGGUGGCCUCCUGAUCCUCCUGAUCUGCAGCAUUAACAUGUACUUCGUGGUGACCUACGUCAUGUCCCUGAACCACGUGGCUUUGUACGUCGGGGCUGGGAUUCUCAGCGUGGUCUACCUGUCCUUCGUGGCGUACUUGAGCUGGCUGUGCCUCAUCGCCCUGGGAGCCUCCUUCCUGGCCUGCGGCAGCACGCGCCACCUGGGCUUCGCCGCUCGCCCUGAGCUCUUCCUCCUCAACAACGUCGACGCGGACACGCUCGUCACCAGAUGAUCCCGGGCGCUGCCGUCAUAAGGAUAGAACCGGUUUUAACAGAAGCCCUUCUUGUGCUGCAGAAAUACUCCCCUCCAUCACCCGAGCUUAGCCCAGGACCAGGCGCGUGGCUGGGGCUGCAACCGGGGCCGGGGUCGGACCGUCCCAGCGCAGCGACGAGAGCUGCGGCUGUGGGGGAGGGCUCGGCUCUGAACCACGACGUCGCCGGACUUGGGGGGCUCGGUUUUAGGUACCGCAGAAGGCUUUUCCCUCUUUUCCCCCUCCCCAACAUUCAAUCUGAUCUGGGAAGGGAUUCGUUGGACUUUUCCCGCUUUCGAUUCCGGCCUCCCCCGCCCGGCCGGCAGAGUCGCUGUGACCGAAUCCAGGGGUUUUCCUCCUCAUUUGGGGGAAAUUCUGAGCUUGGGCAGGGUUUAAUUCCUGGUGAUUUCAUAGCGGGGACGCGCUUCAAUCAGGAAGAACGAGAGAAACCCCAGUGAGACACCACCGACAAACACGGCGCCUUGGCCGGCGCGGCCCUCGCACGGCCCGGCGGUGAACGAUGGCCGCUUCGGCCCUAAAGCCCGGCUUAUCCCCCCGCCUCGGCUGCCGACCCCCCGCUCAGGGCAGCCCCCGCUGCUCCCUCCCCCACGGCGAUGCGGGACCCGGGGGAGAAAAGCCGCUCAGUUCACAAUUCCGGUUGGCCUCCCCGGCUUUGUAAAGCCGAGCGGGGUUUUGCACCCGCAGGAUGGAUGGUUUUUUUUCCCCAACAUUUCAAGAAGUUUCGGGUGCUGCUGGGAUCCCCGGAGCUCCAAACCGAUCCCCAGGUGGAGUCUAAGGUCAGCAGGAUCCAACGCUCCUCUCUGCUUUCCCUUCGGUUGAUUCGUUUUGAGCCAAAGCUGGAGGCCGGGUCUAAAUGUCGCACCUGGCCUUUAAUUAUAGCCUCUGAUUUAAUUAAAUCUUUCCCCAAUGAA